AAGUCAUGGCUAGUCCUGAUGAGGAGCAGAUAGCGAUAGUCGGGCUGUGGUGCCGGUUUCCACGCGCUGACGGACCACAAGACUUCUGGAGAGUCCUUGUAGACGGAGAGGAUUGUGUACAGGAGAUCCCACCAGACCGCGGAAUCCAGGAGACCUCGUACGGUACUGACGGGAACACUCCAGGAAAUAUGUCCGCGGAGAGGGCGGGGCUUGUGGAAGGGUACAAGGAGUUUGACCCCAGCCUGUUCGGACUGACGGAGGAGGAGGUAUCCCGGAUGGACCCCCCGCAGCACCUGAUGCUGGAGUGUUCGUACAAGGCGUUUGAAAAUGCCGGCAUCACGAUGGACGAACUGGACGGCAGCGACACCGGUGUUUUUGUUGGGGCGACACCAUGCGGUCACAUAUCAGAAGAUGACGUAGACCCGUCCCAGGUAACGGGAAACUCCGUCCCGGGCGCGGCCACGUCUCUCCUGGCGGCACGGCUGUCCUACACCUUCAACCUGACCGGCCCGGCCCUCACCGUAGACACCGCCUGCUCGUCGGGACUGUACGCCGUGCAUCUCGGCUGUCAGGCCAUCAGGGCAGGUGACUGUUUCAUGGCGAUCUGUGGAGGUGUGAGUUUCAUUCGUCAAAGCAGCAUGUUGGAGUCACCGUCCUGGGCAGGCAUGGGUAGACCUCCUCCCGAUGGACGAUGUAAGCCCUUCUCGGCGGCAGCUGACGGAUACGCCCGGGGGGAGGGCUGUGGGGUCGUCGUGCUGAAAAAGCUAGACUGGGCUUUAGAACACAGAGACCACAUCUGGGCCGUCAUCCGAACGGGAGUGAACCAAGAUGGCCGCACCGCCAUCCCCAUCACCGCCCCAUCACAAUCCCAGCAGGAGGAAUUACUCCGCCGCGUUUACGAACACUACAAAAUAGAUCCCCAAGACAUCGACUACGUCGAGGCUCAUGGUACAGGCAGUCCAGACGGGGACACGGUGGAAGCGAACAGCCUGGGCAACACCAUAGGCAAGGCCAGAAAACCUGGCGAUCCUCCAGUGUUAGUAGGUUCAGUCAAAAGUAACAUUGGGCACCUGGGGUCAGCAGCCGCCAUGGCGGGAAUCAUCAAGGUUCUCUUGAUGAUGAAGCAUGAGAAAGUCGUGCCAACCUUGCACUUCAACAAACCGAACCCAAACAUUGAUUUUGACCGCCUGCAUAUGUCCGUGGCGACGGAGGUACUGGACUGGCCACUGCGAGGCAAGGACAGAAGGCUAGCCUGCGUUAACUCCCUUGGAUUAAGCGGUUCAAACGCCCAUGCCAUCUUAGAGCAGAUCCCUAGGAGCGACAAUGAAUCUGAGGAAGAGGAAACAAAGUGCGCUAUUGUGGCCUUAUCGGCAAGGACGAGGGAAUCUCUGAAAUUGGUAGCGGAGGAUCUUAUCGGCUACUUGCGACUCCACCCUGCAAUAUCAGUACAAAGACUUGCCUACACAUCAACAAUGAGAAGAACCCACCACAACUACAGACUAGCAGUAUCAGGUAGCUCUGUUGAGGAGAUAGAGCAGUCCUUGACAAAGGCGCUCAAUAACAUUGAAGAGAUACAAUCUACCAAGACCGCAAGACGAACGUCAAUAACCAGUGAUGAUUUUGAAUCUAACAAGCGGGUCAUAUUUGUGUUCGGUGGACAGGGAACUUUGUGGGAGGGUGUUUGUCUGGACCUGAUGGACAAAGAGCCAGUCUUCAGAGCAAAGCUGACGGAAAUAGAUUCCCUGUUUAGUCAGUACGUGGACUGGUCCUUGCUCAAGAAUUUGUCGGAAAGAGAAGAUUUCAAAGUACCGCUUGUAGCCCAGGCCCUGAUUUUUGCCACUCAGGUGGCGCAGUUUGCGCUAUGGCAGUCGUGGGGCGUCACGCCGGACGCCAUUCUCGGCCAGUCGGUGGGAGAAGUAGCCGCGGCGCAUUGCUCGGGAGCCCUGUCGUUAUCAGAAGCCGUGCGUGUCAUCUAUCACCGAGGACGCCUACAGAAUGAAACCGCGGCUGGGAAGAUGCUCGUCGUCGGUAACCUCCCGAUCGCGGAGGCGGAGGAGCUGUGCAGGGGCGUGUCGGCAGAACUCAUCGUGGCUGCCGAGAACAGCGCCACCUGCUGUGUGCUGACGGGGAGCAGGGACGCUGUAAACGGCAUACAUGAGCGGUUGAAGUCGAUGAAUGAAGACAGUCUGGCUGCCGGGCAGCUUUUUUUGAGAGAGGUUCAGGGAGUUCACUUUGCUUACCACAGUCCCCACAUGGACCCCAUCCGCGAAGAGUUGCAGAAGUCGUUGGCCGACCUGACAGGACAACCGCCGACCGUGGAGCUGUAUUCCACCGUGACGGGAGAGAGAGCCACGACAGCAGACUUUGUGACUGGAGACUACUGGAGCAGACACGUGAGGCAGCGUGUGAUGUUCAGAAGUGCGAUGUCAGCAGCCCUACGCCCGGAAAAACACAACGUCGUGGUGGGAAUCGGGCCGAAAGCGCCGAAUAGAAACUACAUCAAGCAAACUGCAUCGGAUAUGACGCUAACCUACGUUGCGUCCGUAAAGCCGAAUCAAGAAUACCAGGCGAUGUUGCAAGGUCUCUGUGAUCUAUACCAGGUCGGUUUAGAACCAAAAUGGGAGUCCUUGUUUCAAGGACAAAAGUACACUUCAUGCCAGGUGCCACGAUAUCAGUUUUCUCGAAAGCUACUCUGGUCUGAGACGGAUACGACUCUUGCCCGACGAAACAGUCUUGGAGUUUUAGCAGGCUCCGGGUACCCUUUCCUCACCAGGGUUUCUACAAAUCCACCAAGGUACGACUUCCCUAUAAGCAAGCAGAACAUGCCGUAUCUUUACGACCAUGUUAUGGACGACGCCGUUGUCGUUCUGGCUGCUCAGUACUGUGAUCUGGGGCUUGCUGCGUGCAUGGACGCGAUCUCCCCGCGACAACCGAUCUCCAACUGUAGGACAAGCGUGAUGUUCCUCGAGCCAGUUACCAUCAGACGCCAUGAGGACACACCCGUCAUUACAGUCACUGUCAGUCACGACGAAGAUGACGGAAAAAUUCAUUUUGAACAGCGCACGGACCAAACUCUACACGCCACGGGCACUGUCGCCUACGGGAACCGGCAGCAACCUACCGUAAGCAGGCUUGACAUAGAAGAUGUGCGAUACCGCUGCCAUGACACCAUAUCUAGCGAUGACCUGUAUGAAGUGAUACAGACAACUGGCUUGAAAUACGGACCUACACUCCGCAGCCUAACGGAAUGUUGCUAUGGAGAUGGGACGCAUGGCAAGGAAGUCAUGGCCCUCAUUGUUCUCCACGACACCGUGGCAGCAGAGAUGCACAACUACUGCAUACACCCUGCUGUUCUCGACUCCCUGAUACAGGCAAAUUUCCUGCUUGCACUAGAUGUUCUACGUCAAGCAAACGGUAGACGUCUGAAAUUUCUCCCCGUCUCCAUCGAAAGUCUUGUUGUUGUCAAACCUGUUGAGGAACGCAUGUGGGCGUACGUGAAGCAGACUCGCGCCGCGCCAGGGACAGUUCGAUCGAACGGCGUUCUGGCGGGGAUAGACGGGCAGGUCAUCCUCGAACUGAGAGGACUGGCCGUCGGGAUACGGGCGGACCCGGGCGGUACGGGCAGUUUUGAGGACCUGGUCUACACGACAACAUGGACGGCCGCUCAGUCUCAGUGGGUAGGAGAGGUUGACCCACAGCUCGUCGAUGAAUUCUGCCAGUUGAGGUGUCUGGUGCUCCAGGAUGACUGCGGGAUUUCCAACCAACUGGAGCCUUUCAUCAGCCCCGAUUCUGUCUUCAUCUCCCUGGGGGACUUGAAGAGGACAGACUACCGGAACGACGAACGCGCGUUACCAAAGCUGCUGCAAGAAAUGGAUGUGAACUUUGACUUUGACUUCGUUCUGCACUGCUGUGGCAUGUCUCGACUGAAUCCAGAAACCUUGGACACGGAAACGCUCGAUGCCCGCGUAGAAUUAGCGUGUGCAAGUCUUCGACAGGUGAUGAAGAUGCUAGCGACAAACAGCAGCAUGAUCCCUGUUAAAGUCGUCACGCGCAAUGUCCAGUUCUCCAUGUGGCAAGAGUCGUUGGGAAGUGACGUCGACAGCGCCUGGCAUGGUCUGAUCGAUCUCGUCGGAGCGCCCCUGUGGGGUUUGAUCCGCUGCGCUAUCAGGGAGGGGGCUUACCCGUCACUGCAGCUUGUCGACUUGUCUUCCGGCGACAACUUCGAGAUAUACACGCUUCUUCACGAGCUUGUCACAAACGAGUUGGAAAGCUCCACCGAAAUCAUGUGCGUCGAAAGCACGAAGUAUUUCCUGGAGAUUGUCCCGUCCCCGCUACGCGGCGAGUCUACCUCGUACCGGAUCAACAGCGCUGAAGAGGGAUGCAGGCUGAAGAUUCAGACCACAGACCCCACAACACCCGUGAAUAUCCACGCAGUCUACAACAACCAGCGUGUAGAAUCACGAGCCGGGCAUGUCAGCAUCAAGGUACACAGGUGUCACGUUCAGCCAGAGAACAUGUAUGCAGUUACCGGUGAAGCUCAAAUCGGGCAUGUGAUCCACUGGCCAUUUGACGCCGAUCGUGGGUGGGACCUCCUCAGCCUGGACUUUGUAGGAACCGUAGUGCGGGUACCCUCAAAGGGCAAGCUUCGUGUCGGUGACCGCGUGGCCGGUGUGUACCCUGCGGUAGCUUCAUCUGUCGUCUCCCUUCCCGCGUCAGUCGUCCACAAGCUGUCCGAUCUCCCACUUUUGCAGAACCAGCCCUGCUUGUCGUAUUUUGUUCUGGCCUGGGAAAUUCUGGUACGCCUGCUGAACAUCAAGCCCAAACAGAACGUCUGGUUGAUAGAAGAAACCACAGGCACGUCUUCACCUGCGGCAAAAGUCAUUGAAGCCGUAGCGCGGGGUUUAAAAGCUACCUGUUACAUGGUACAAAAGGCGAACAGUCUGCCAAGUGCCAUGAUGGACACAGUUGUUGUGUUCGGAGGGCUACAAACGCCCCUUAGAUCCCAGCUUGCAGACGUGGUGGCUAAGAAUGGAAAAGUCGUCUACCUGAGCUGCCAUACUUCAAAUAAGAACCAACAAAUCAGUGCUUCCCUCAGAAUCAGGCCAGAUGUACGAGUUUUGAGGGUCGACACAAGCACAGUGUUCCACGAGACAAAUUUAAACAGGAUCAUGCCGAAGGUGUUUAAAUGGAUAUCGUUGCUGUCUCCAAAGAAGAUAAGCAUGGAUCUUCCCUUUACGGAAAUCCCCUUGUCCUCGUCCCCUCACACAGCAGAUCGUCAUGAUGCGGAAACAAAGAGUAGGACAGAGAUCGGCAUGGUCUGUUUCAGUACACAGUCUGAUGAUGAAGUACAGGGCACUCCCGUCAUCUGUAGGAGAAACGCGCUCUUCAGGCGUGACGCUGUCUACGUAAUCGUCGGCGGUCUGAGCGGCCUGGGUUUCCUCACCGUGAAGUUCCUUGCCGAAAGAGGUGCGGGGAACAUCGUCACUGUGUCCGGCAGUCAACCCAAGGCGGACACCGUGGCGGAACUCAGGAGCGUCGGAGAAAAGCACGGAGCAAAAAUCGUAUGCCUCACAGCUGACGUCACAUCUUACAGCAGCGUCGCCGCUGCAUUGGGCAAGCUCAGGGACUACCUUCCCGGCAUGCCUCUCAAGGGCGUUUUCAACUGUGCUGUCGUAAUCAGCGACGGGAUUCUGAUCAACCAGAGUCACGCUCAGUUCAAAAAGGGAAUGGAUGCCAAAGUGUUGGGCGCCUGGAACCUGCAUCUAGCCACAAGACAUCUCAACCUCGAUUAUUUCGUGUGCUACUCGUCCAUGUCCUCGGUGUUUGGAAGCGGUGGACAGACAAGCUACGGGGCGGCUAACGCUUUCCUAGACGGCUUCGCCUGCCUCCGUCGCCAGAUGAAAAUGGCCGGUCAGACCAUCAACUGGGGUGCCUUGCAGUUGGAGGUUGAAGAGAGCAACAGAAUGUUUGCUAAAACCUUGGAGAAAAGGGGAAUCCGAGCUUUGCACAAAGACAAAAUUUCAGAGUGUCUGGAAUCUUGUCUUGUUCUCAACCCCGUCCAAAUGAUAGCUGUGGACCUAGACCGGUACCGUUUCGCGUCCGCGCUGAAAGGGUUUCCGGAUUUUAAAAGGGUGCGAACGCUUCUAGGGGACACUGAUGAGGGAAUUCCAGAUGACGUAACGUUGACCGCACCUGUAGAUCUCGACAACCUGGGACAAAUGGAGGAAGAAGACAGACGGAAGGCAAUUGACUCCUUGACUCGAAAAGUGUUUGAUAAACUUCUGAACACGGAAGACGAAGCCGGACACAUCAUUCACAGUUCAGUGGUCGACAUGGGCAUGGACUCGCUACUGGCACUCACCGCGCAGAACAUCUUUAAGACCAAGUUUCACGUGGACGUUCCAAGGAUCUCUCUGCUGGGCAAGAAGUCAACCAUACAGUCUAUCAACGACCUGGUCUUCGAACAGCUCAAUAAAAGAAUCGGCGAGAGGCAGGCGGUUCCAGUGUCCGAGAACGACGCGGAGGCCCACAGCAGUGUCGAUGGGAGACAUCACGAGGGCCAAUAGAGGAAGUUCUACCUUGACCUUGGAAACGGCCAAAAGAGCAACUUGCUACAAAACGACGAAAAUGGCCGGAAAUAGGACUGAGAAACCGAGUGGACAUAAAACGGAUUGUGUUUUCGUCAAUAUGACUGUCUAUUGACCUAAAUGAGAAUCCAAUGUUGUAAUAGUAUAUAUUUGCCUUAACAAUGUGUAUAGUAUCAUGUAAAGUGAUCAUAAAACCCUGUAGAUAAUAGGAAUGAUUUCAUGAAUUGCUUCAAGAUACAUUACUAGAUAUUGGAACAGAACACUUCACCAAGUAUACGUAAAUGAAUCUUUUAUAUUUACGUGACAUAGCCACUGGCACUGCUGCUGCAAUCCCGUAUUUUUGUAGUGAAAUUUAGACGUAAAAUUGUUUUCUUUCCUUUCUGUGAAUGAUUGUCACAUACCAACACAUUUUUAUCAUGCUGCCAUUUUGUCAUUUAUACAUGUAUAGUAC